ACUAGUUCUAACUGGGUUCCUUCCUGCUGUGUUGGAAAUACAGCGCAUAGCUCGUAGUCAUUUACUGGCUUUUCGUGGGACAUGCUGCGAUCUGGCUCGGCGGAUAACGGUACGGCACAUGUACGAGAAUGUGCUGUAAUAGUGCCAUGGUGGAGACGUCGCCGUUACUGGCUGUCAGCGUUGCUGUUCCUGGGAUUCGCUUUCUUUACAACCAUGCGAGCCAAUCUAAGCAUUGUGAUUGUGUGCAUGGUGAAACAUGGCAGUCCACACAACGCGACUAACCUGGCUUACAAUGGUUCUGAUUGGUCCAACACGACAUAUAGCGUCAGAGGAACAGAGACGGACAGUGGCAAGUGUCCCAGCAGAACCGUACCUGGAUCAUCAAAUGAACAGGAUGGCGAGUUUGAGUGGAGCAAGGAGCUGCAGGGGGUCCUCCUGGGAGGGUAUUUUUGGGGUUACUCCGUGGGCUUCCAGAUUCUGGGAGGAUGGUUGUCUCAGAGAUACGGACCCAGGAAGAUGCUAGCUGUCGGGAUGCUUCCAGCUGCAGUGGGGUGUAUCUUGAGUCCAUUGGCCGUGAGAAUCAGCCCCUUCCUGUUCCUGGCGGUGAGGAUUGUCACAGGCAUUACCACAAGUGUGAUGUUUCCGUCAGGACCUGUAUUCUGGUCUCGAUGGGCUCCACCAGAAGAAUGGAGCCGCCUUCUCACUACUACAAACGCGGGUGGCGAGUUCGGACAUGCUAUUGCAUUCCCGAUUAACGGACUGUUGUGCAAGUACGGUGGCUGGGAGAUGCCAUUUUACGUAGUGGGUAGCCUGUCUGUCAUCUGGUGCAUCGUCUGGCUACUCGUAUCUAGGGAUUCUCCGUCAGAGAUGCCGGGAAUUACCGAGGCCGAAAAGAAUUACAUUGAGACAUCUAUCGGUGAUCGUGUGACAUCCAAACGCACGUACAAGACGCCUUGGUGCCAGAUGCUGUCCUCCCGGCCGGUGUGGGCAUGCGUGAUUAGUCACAUGACCGCUAACUUCUUUUUCUACAUGAUACUAACACAGGCACCCACCUUCCUCAACGAGAUACUCAAGUUUGACAUAACAUCGAACGGGUUCUACUCCUCUCUCCCGUACGUGGUGUUGGUGAGCCUGGUGAUGCCGAUAGGGGCGCUGUCUGACUACCUCACAACCAAAGGCUUCCUCAGUUUGAGUGGCGUCAGGAAGGUCAUGAACACUCUAGGUAUGCUGAUACCUGCUGCGUUUCUUCUUGGUCUGGCUCAUCUCCCCUGCUCAGAACCGCUGGUAGGUGUCGCUCUCAUCGCCGCCUCUGUCGGAACAUUCGCCUUCUGCUUCCUCGGGCACAUCGUCAACAUGGCCGACAUAGCCGUGAUGCAUGCUGGGACUUUAGCAGGUUUCUCAAACACGCUAGCCUCGAUGCCGGGAAUAAUCGCGCCAUACGUAGUCGGGUACAUAACUAAACAGGGUACUCCGGAAGAAUGGCGGACAGCUUUCUACAUUGCAGUUGUCCUCAACGUUGUUGGAUCUGUCGUCUUCGUCCUCUUCUCGACGGGCACGGCGCAGCCAUGGGCUUUACCUGCUGAACUAAAUACAACAACAAUCAUAGACGAACAGGAAAAUCCUGACGAGAAUCAUGAACUUGACACCAUGAUCAUCGUUUCCAAUAAAAAUGUACCUGAUUCUCACAAAAGAGAAAUUAUAGAAGGAGAACGUCUUAUAUCGAGCAAUAGCAGUAUACACAGAGCUCAUGACGUAUGAGUAGUGAUCCACAGAGUGAGUGAGUGAAUGAGUCAGUGAGUUGGUGGGUAAGUGAGUGAGUGGGUUGGUGGGUGAGUGAGUGAAAGAUGUUGGGUUUUACGCCGUUUUUCAUAUCAGUGUCUAUGAGCGUAAUGUAGUAGUAUGAAUGGUGAGUCUUAAACAUCGCUAUUUAUGUCAAGGCCUGCCAAUUCAAUGUUGUAGUAAAGUCCAAAAUGAUGUUGCUUUGUCACUUUUGUGAAAAACACCCCUAUCAUAAUCAUAAUCAGGGUCCGCUUGCUCAAAGCAGUCUUAACCACGACUUUUGUAACUUUUGUAAUAUAGGACUUACAAUCACCUUAGCUAAGAUUACUUUGAGCCCUUGUAACUCCCAUAAAAUUUUGAUAAAAACGA